AUGCAAAGAGACUUGUCUCCAACAGGGGAUUUUGAGUCAUCACUUUUUGGAGUGGCUUCUGUGUUUGGUAGUGACACUUCCUCUCCGCCACUGCCACCAACAGCAGCUCCUGGAGAAAUUCCAUUGAAGCUUCUAUUCACAUGUCAUCACUAUUGCACAAAGGGAGAAAUAGGACUCCCUCCUAACAUGGAAGAAGUUAACUGUGGAGAAAAGAGCCAGUUUUCCCCCAGUAGGGCAAGAGACAUGGUGCAUGAGAGGCUGGAACCAGAAGAGACAGGAGGAAGUCCAGUUACAGAGGAAGACUCAUGUAUGCCUCACUAUGAUGCUCAUGCUCCCUUGCAUCUCAAUUCUAGUAUGCAGACUUCAGUACCAGAACCAUACUCAACACAAGGGAGGGCUCCAGUUCACUUGAACAUGCCCGGUGGUCAGUUCACCCAGAGGCUUAAAUACGAGUCAGAGGAGACACAGAAUUCACAUCCAAGUCAUCAGCAAUAUCCAGGUGUGAGCAAGUCUCAAUUGAAGUAUUACAUGGGAAUGGCAUGUUGCAAACAGCAUGAUGUAUUUCGUUGCUUCUCUUCCACUCCCAACCAAGAGACACCUCCUUUGAAAAAUCGACAGAAGUUGAAGCAGGCAGUCAAAGAUUAUGGUGCUACUGUAAUUGUUUUUCACAUAGGCAUCUCAUUGGUAUCCCUAAGUGGCUUCUACUUAGCUGUGUCCAGUGGAGUGAACAUGGAGAGUCUCCUGCAAGCUUUGGGUAUAGGUCAGUCAUUAAUGCAAAACAAGAUAGCAGCAGGAGCCAGUGUAUUCAUGAUUGCCUAUGCAGUACACAAGGUAUUUGCUCCAGUUCGUAUUGCCAUCACCCUAUCUGUGACCCCCUUCCUUAUUGGAACCUCAAAAACGGGGGUGCACUAUACUGGAGUAAAUACGGUUGAGGCAAACAACUUGGUUCAGCAAAAAGGGGGAUGGGAUUUGCUACAUCCUGCUCCACUUAGCAACACCACAGCAACUUCACUAACCUCAUCCCCUCCUGAGUUGGCCCAGUGUAGAGAUCCAACACUACCAGCUAACUAUGCUGAGAUGACUCAAGGAAGACAGGGUGUGCACCUCCCUGAUCACACGCAACAAAGACUUGUCCUGAUACCUGAAUCAAGGUGA